CUUUAAAAUGAAACCGUGCGGGGUCGGGAGUCGCCGAGCACCAGAGCGCGCGCGGGGGGCCAGCGUGGGGAGCAGCGAGCGCCGAGCGCGAGGCAGGGUCGCCGCUGGGUUGGCGGCGGAGUCAGCGCGGGGCGGCUCAGUCCUGAGGCGUUGGAGGAACGAGGCCAGCAGCAUCCCCCCUCCAGGCUCCAUGGCUGCGUCCUCACCUUGGGGGAAGCCAGAAGGAUCGCUUUGAACAAUUGCUACAUUUCCCCAAAUCUGUUUUGAUGCUUUUUUUGAUAAAGCCUCCACGCUCACGCAUUAUAUGUACACCUAUAUUUGCUCGUAUCCUCUGAAACAAAUACUUGCUUUCACCCUUCCCUUCCUCUUAAAAGCGAAUUUGGCGAGGAGGACGCCUGGACUGAGUGAUUCCUGUCCUCGCAAGCAAGGAGGGGAUUCAUAGACGCGUUUCUUUUGCUCCCUCUCGCUUCCUGAGAGGGGAGUGGUUUUCCUUGAGGAAACCAUCGGGAAAGUUUCUUCCCUCGAUUUUUGUGCGUGCGACGGGCGGCUGAGCCGCCCUCUUUUUUCCCUUUUUUUUUAAAUUCUCUGCCAUACUAGUUAUUAAAGGGGGGGAGAAGGAGAGAAACUGACAAAGAGGGAUCCCAGGGAUCGCUCGCCUGCCGGUUUGCCACAAUGUACAAUACCGUUUGGGACAUGGAUCGUGAUGACACUGACUGGAGGGAGAUGAUGAUGCCCUAUUCCACCGAGUUGAUAUUCUACAUUGAAAUGGACCCUCCAGCUCUUCCUCCAAAGCCCUCCAAACCAGUGACUCCAGUAAAUACAAACAGCAUAAAGGACAAUUGUAGUUCUUCACUUCAGGAUGCAGAAUGGUAUUGGGGAGACAUUUCAAGGGAAGAAGUAAAUGAUAAACUACGAGAUAUGCCAGAUGGAACAUUCCUUGUGCGAGAUGCAUCAACAAAGAAGCAGGGAGACUAUACUCUGACAUUGCGAAAGGGUGGCAACAAUAAAUUGAUAAAAGUUUAUCAUCGGGAUGGAAAAUAUGGUUUUUCUGAUCCACUGACAUUUAGUUCUGUUGUGGAGCUGAUUAACCACUAUCGCCAUGAGUCUCUUGCUCAGUAUAACCCUAAGCUGGAUGUGAAGCUGAUGUAUCCUGUGUCCAGAUACCAGCAGGACCAGUUGGUAAAAGAAGAUAAUAUUGAUGCCGUGGGCAAAAAGCUGCAGGAAUACCACACUCAAUAUCAAGAGAAAAGUAAAGAAUAUGACAGGUUAUAUGAAGAAUAUACCAGAACCUCACAGGAAAUCCAGAUGAAGAGAACAGCAAUAGAAGCUUUUAAUGAAACAAUUAAAAUAUUUGAAGAGCAGUAUCACACCCAAGAGCGGUAUAGUAAAGAAUACAUUGAAAGAUUUCGAAGAGAAGGGAAUGAAAAAGAAAUUGAACGUAUUAUGAUGAAUUAUGAAAAAUUGAAAUCACGUCUGGGUGAGAUUCACGAUAGCAAGCUGCGAUUGGAACAAGAUUUGAAGAAGCAAGCCUUAGACAACCGGGAAAUUGAUAAGAAAAUGAACAGUAUCAAACCUGAUCUUAUCCAACUGCGCAAAAUCAGAGAUCAGUACCUUGUCUGGCUUAAUCACAAAGGAGUGAGGCAGAAGCGAAUAAAUGACUGGCUGGGAAUCAAAAAUGAAAAUAUUGAUGAUACAUAUUUUACAAAUGAGGAAGAUGAAAAUCUGCCACAUUACGAUGAAAAAACUUGGUUUGUUGGAGAUAUGAAUCGUGUUCAAGCAGAAGAUUUGCUUGGUGGGAAACCUGAUGGAUCAUUCUUAAUUCGUGAAAGUAGCAAGAAAGGCUGUUAUGCCUGUUCUGUGGUAGCUGAUGGGGAAGUUAAACACUGUGUGAUCUACAGCACUCCAAGAGGUUAUGGGUUUGCAGAACCAUACAAUCUAUAUAGCUCCCUUAAAGAAUUAGUCCUUCAUUACCAGCAUACCUCCCUCGUCCAACACAACGACUCCCUCAAUGUCAGGCUCACUUCCCCUGUCUAUGCACAGAUGCCCUCACUCUGUAGAUAAACUAGGAGGGAGAAAUGUUGGUUAUCUUGGAUUUAUUUUUUACAAUUUUUAUUAGAACCCAGAGGGCAUUCUUUCUCCUUAGACUGCUUGUUUUGCACAAGAAGUGAUUUGAUGAAUGUGAAUUGGAGACUUCGCAGCAACAAAGUAUCAGCUUUGGGAUAGGUGCCCUGGUGCUACCUGAAGAUCAGCUGUGUUUUUAUAUAUGAAGACUCUCUUGUAUUCCUCCAGGGAACAAGUAAACUCUCUAAAAAUGCCCAUACAAAAACCUAGGACAAAACCAUGGAGAGGGACAUUUUGCCAGGCAUCGUCAGCGGAACGUCUACUUGGAUUUUGAUGUUCUGAGGUAUUGCUAAUGUCUUUCAGUCUUAAGCUCCAGGAAAAUGGGGGAAUAGUCUCUGCUACAGAAGCUUUUUUCCCCCUCCCUAUUAAUUUUAGCAGCUUUGCUGCAAGUUAGACAAACUUUCAAAUGAGGGCUUAUCUUGAUGUAGCAUGGGAUUUUGGUGAAAGGAGACCAAAGGAAUUACGGGGAGAGUUUCAGGUUCUUAUUUAAAAGAAAAAUCAUCAAAGAAAUAUUGCUUUAUAUUUUACCAACAAUAACAAAGUUUUGGUUUCAACAGCACUACAGGUCUUCAUAUUAAAGAAACCAAAUUGAAGCCACCAAAACCCGCUCAUUGCUGGACUGAGCACGUAUGGGGAAAGAUUGCAUUUUGCAACUGCACACUUGCCAAAACUUGAAGAGGAAAAACAAUAAAAGCUAAAACUUUAUGUACUUCUCAAAACUCUAACCUGACCUGACAUAACUGCACCAUUUUCCCUUUGUUACUUUUUUAAAAACACGUUUUCUUUCUUCCAAGGAUGUCAGAUAAUUUGUUUUUAAAAGACACUAAGCUUUGGAAUGUAAACCAGAAUGAAGCUGGCAUUUGGCAUGUUUGUGAGAUGCUAAACAAUGAAAUAUUCUAUUUGAAAACAUUUGUUUUUUUGGGAAAAAAGUGCAAUGGGUUUUUUCUCAAUGGCUUGCUAAACCAAAAAUUAGGGGUGUAGUCUACAUUCUAUUGAUACAAGCUACAAAGCUAGUGACACAUUUGGAUUUCAUCCUACAUUGUUAAUUCCAUUGCACUGGUUGUGUACUUGCCCUUAGAAUUCAUUGUGAGCCUAUCAUAAAAGCAGAUAAUUGGGCAGCUGAAUUCAGUGAAACUUUACAAGAUAUGGAAUGGUAGAAUCUAUCAGUACACCAACAGCUUUUCUUAAUGUUCUGCCAGGUCAGAUUCAUCUGGAUUAUACAUAGCAUCAGUAAGAAAUUGUAGCAAAUAGAGAGAACUGGAUAUUCAAGACUGUGAGAACUUAUGUGCUCCUAAAAUUAUGUAUUUGACUUUUUUGUCACUGCGUUAUGCCCUUGAUUCUUUAUUGCCAUUUCUAAACAUUAUACUUGAGCUAGCACUCUUGUUAGGCAGCAAGGAAAAAUAGAUUCAGCAUGAGGUCUUUCCUUUCUCUGUGUAGUAUUUGAAGUGCAUGCCAAGGAGUUGGGACAUCUGGAUCUUUUCUGGCUGCACCCCAACUUCAGUGCCACCUUGAACCCCCUGACUGUUAGACUAUCAUGUUUACACGAAGCAGAAUGCACUAUAAAGAAGCAUUGAAGUAUUAUGCAGAAUAUGAAAUUGCUGAACAGGAAAAUGAUAAAUCUUGAGCACUAAUCAGCAGCCAGAGAGGCCAAACUAGAUUGCUUGAUGUGUCCCAAAAGCACUUCUGUUUUGCACUAAUCUACUGCCGCUUAAGCUAAGUGCUGGCUAACCAGCUGAAACAUCAUCUUCUAAAAAUGGAAUGAUGGUUGCCUCUCUCCCCUCCCCCCCAGCUUCCCUGUAGUCAUUUUAAAUUGGUGAGAUAAUAAUGACUUAAUGUUGCCCUUCAACCUCCACCCCUUCCCCAUCACCAGCAAUAUACUUUUUUUUAAAGCAUAGCUCUGGAUUCCUCUAGUCUUCAGAGAGAAAUUCUGUCCCUUCUUGCUUGCACAUUCUAACUAAGUACCUACAUGUUGCCAAACACUCCUCGACAUACAAUCCAGCCUAGGUUACAGAUUAUUUCCCGACUCUCAGAAGAGACUUUGGUGGGAUUUUGCCAUCUAUGAUAAAUCUUGAAUUUUGCUAGGGGAAUUGGAACCAAUCCAUUAAAUGAAGUAAUUGACAAUAUAGGAACAAUAUUAGAGACAACCUGCAGCAUUAAUCUGUGUUAACUCAUGUAAAGUUUCUGGAUUCUAUUUUUGGUUUGACCACAUGCUUGUUUUUACAUUUCUUCUAUUAAUAUAGUGAUCUUCUGUUACAUCAAUCUAUCCCAAAAAGUCAUUUUGCAGUUCCCAUUAAAUUCUACAUGUUCUAACACAUUUUGAUCAGGACUACAUGUAAACUACGCCUAGAUAUCUGAUAUCCUUUAGCUUGCCUCUUUGGUUUUGAUCACAUAAAUGUGUACUGGCUGCUGGUGUUGCCUAUCUGGUUUUCAUUUGCCUUCACCUUAGACUUAAAAAAAAACCCAUGACCAGCAAAAUAAAUGAUUGGAAGCCAGCUGAAAUAUGUAGCAAGUAUGUUCUAUAACAUUCCUCAUCCAGCAUCCAUCAACUUUUCUUCUGCUUUGGCCCAUAGUCAUUGUUGCAUGAGUGAAAUGUAACUGACAUCAGGUGGCAGCAUUCCUAAUUCUUACCUUUGUUCAGUAGCAUAGUCUGUUCUGUUUAUGAGCUCAAACAAAGGCAUAAGAGAAAAAUGGCAGAAGUUAAGUAUUUGAAUGUGUUUGGCCUAAGUGCAGAAAAGUUUUAUGCGGCCUUUUUAAGAAAAGGCCAAUGUAAUAGGCUUGUUUCAGUAGAAUAUGCUUUUUUUACUUGAUAGCAGUUGGAUUGGUAUUGAUCUCAGUGACCCACUUACAUAGACUUUUUUUUUGCACAGUGUUAAGCAGUACACAGGGUGAGGAGAAAUAGUGUUUUCUAAUAUUCAGUUUAUCUGAAGUGUAUUUGCAGGGACUAGGGAUAAUUCAGUAUUUUAUUUCCUCAGAAGUAGGAAACUUCAUCUCUUUCUGGAGUUACAAUAAUAUUUGUGAUGCACAACAGAUUAGCCAAGAAUGAAAAGUAAUUGAACUGCCAGUACUUCUGCUGAAUAGUUUCUUGCCAAUCACACUCCUUAAGAACAAAUAUACAUGUUAAAGAAGUUUCAGGAAGAUCAGUUUAAUACUGUGAUUGAAGGCACAGCAUGUUUCCCCUCCGCACCCAUGUUGUACAAAGCAGAAUCUGAACCUACUGCUCAGCAGAACAAGAAUAAAUAUGCAUCAGUGGGUUCCCUUAUCAUUUAAUCCUAUGAGCCAGUGAGCUAUUGUAGAGAGGAACCAUUGCCUAUGUACAUGAUAGAGCUUCUCUUCUGCCUAACAGCAGCUUCUUCCACUGAAUCAGAAACCGCUUCUGAGAACUUUAAAAGGGGAUUGGCCAAGCGCUGAGAGACUGCUGUUAGAGAAGAGAAAAGCUGGUAUGUAUGUCAUGCUUAUCAUGCAGACCUCAAGACGGUGGCUUAAAAUAUUGGCUUCCUUACCAAACUUAAAUUUACAACUCCCCCUCCCCCAACCAAAUCCAGCUACAAAGAAUUAGCAUUGCAGAAUCAUUCCAGUCAAUCCAAUAUUUUUUCAUUGAAGUUUUAAAAUAACUGGGCAUACAUGAGAGCACCCACAAAUGCCAACAUACACAUGCCCCAGGUAAAGAAACUGGAACGAUGAAUUGGCUUUCUUUAAGGGCAGGCAGACUGUGGAAGCAAUGUUGGCCUCAUUCAGUGCUAUGUCAAGGGUGUCUUGGUUCUGCGAUUAUACUGUCACUUGUUCUCUGUACAGAAACCAUGACAAUAUGUCCAGUGACGUAAUGUUGUGGCUAGUAAGUUUCCUGUUUUGCUAUCAUAUUUCCAUAUCUACAAAAGCCCUUUUUGUUACUUGAACAAUUUUUGUUCUGUUUGAAUGUGCACACUAAUGGAGAAUAAAAAUCAGAAGUGUUAGUAUCAUACGUAUGCAUACAUAAAGCAGAACUUUUUUGUGAAAGGAAGUUACAGUGCAGUUUUGAGAACACACUAUAGUCUGUUUGCAAGAUUCUUUUAAAUAUUCUAAUUUUGAUUUUUAUUGUACCAAUUUUUUGUUAAAAUGAAUUUAUAAAUAUCUUCACUAUGGCUAGUGAAAUUUCAGUAGGCUAAACAUCCAUGGAUGGGGGGGCGGGGGUUAGUUGCUGCUUGCUCAUGGAGACAUUUUCAGUUUAAGCAAAAAGAUUUUCAAUUUUGAUUUCCUGAAUCUCUUCAUUUGGAAAAAAUAAUAUUGCUAAAACAUGUUCUAAGGCAUGUUUCGGGUAGGAGGCAAAAUUAAAAUUUAAAAUGUGGACAUUAGUGACUUGUACCCUGGGGGAGCAUUAUAUUGGCUGAGUUCUCACUGCCAGAUGGAGUUCCCUGCUGCUGUUGCUGCUGCUGCUGCUCCUGGCUGUCACCACCUCCCCACUUACUCUCCCCUUUUGGACCUUCCUACUCAAGAGUCUUGGAGACAUUUAGGUGUUCCCCACCUCCCAUCACAGCCUCAAAUGAGUCAUCCGUCUUACCAUGAGUUGAGAGCACUUUCUGUUACCAAAGCAACAGGGACGAUUCUCCCUGUCUUGUCCAAAUGGGCAGCAACCUGGGGCCAUAAACACCAUACAAGCAAAUCAAUUCUUGUCACCAUGCAUCUGUUGCUAUUGCAUCUGGGGCAGUGCUUUCUGCUCUACCCCUUUGUUAUUGACUGUACUACUGCAGUCAGGUUAAAAUAUCUUGGCCAAGCCAGCCACUGCCUCCUGGCCUCAGUCGCAUACAUUCUCUACUUGCUGUUAUCCCAUGGUACACCAGGUAGGAGGAAGCAGCUGAUGGCAAGGAAGUAGCAGCAGCCACCCCAUUUAUUCAUGUCAUGGUGGGGUGGGUAUACUCAAUUGGGGGGGGGGCAGUACGGGUAUCUUGCAGGGGUCUGCAACUUGCGGCUCUCCAGAUGUUCAUGGUCUACAAUUCCCAUCAGCCCCUGCCAGCAUGGCCAAUUGGCCAUGUUGGCAGGGGCUGAUGGGAUUUGUAGUCCAUGAACAUCUGGAGAGCCGCAAGUUGCAGACCCCUGUGCUAGAGUGACUUCUAGAAACUUUGAAUUGGUACGGUAUGAGCCCUAUGACACAAUUCAGCUACUGUAUGGAGCAUACCACCAUGAGAGGCAGUUUUAUGUGUAUCUGUUUGCCAAGUGGAUUAGAUCUUACCCUAUGGUUUGUUUCCCAUGUUGUCACAAGCCACUAGAAGGAAUGUUUGGUAUAGGUGGGAAGGCAGUAUAUACAAUACACUGUGGCAGUUGUGUCAUGCAAAGCUACCUUGAAGUUUACAUACAGAAUGUCCCUUUCUAACUUGAAAGAAAUGUACAAGCAAAUGUCCUUUUUAGACCCACUUCGUCAAAGACAGAAAAGUCCUAGUGAAGCUCAGCAAAAAAAAGGUUUGGGAAGUAGCACUGUGCUAAUGACUUUGGUAGGAAUAGGCUUUGGCUGAAUACUAACAGACAAAAGACAGCCAGAGUUUUGAAAAUCUGAUCUGCAGGCAGAAAAAAUUAGAAGGGAGGAAACUCUUAGAAAACAUUUGUGCCUAUUUUGUUCUAAAAAGCAUGUGGUCUAAUUUUUGGUCUAAUUGGUCUAAUUUUUUUAGACAGUAAAAUGUUUAAAGCACUGGCAUCCUGGGCUGGCUCCAUAGUUUUAAUGCAGACUUUCUAGUUGUCACCAUCCUUCAGAGGUAGAGCAGAUAUUUCUGUUCGCUUGGAAUUUAACUUGAAGAGUUUUAUGCAGUGAAUGGCACAGAUGUAUCUCUGGGGUUGAUCAGAGAACUAGUCUCACUGAUUCAGUGAACAUCGUGUAUAGUAGAGGCUCUUGUUUGAAGUACACUCUGGUAUUUCACACUGCUUGAUAUCAUGUCAUGCCUAUAUCCAUGGCAGCAUUGCACUUUCCUCAAUCAGCACCUCACGUCACUUUUAAAGAAGCAUGAAAAGAAAAGGCAAGCAGUAGUUUGCAGUACCCAUAAGGAAAGAGCUAUCAAAACAUUUUUUUCAGGGGUUUCUGUGCCCUCUAUCCCACUUCAUUAUAGGUCUCUUGCUUUCCAUGAAGUUGAGCCCUCCCUUAUGCCAGCCAGCUGUGCAAAUAAAUCUGUGUGUUGUCUUUUGAAGUGCAGAGUGUUAGGUGUUCGGGUGACUGACCAUGAAGAAAUUAGACUGAAUCUGUUAAUAAUUUUGUAAGUUUUGCCAGUUUACAGCACCUGGAGAUUGUACUGCUCUGCAACCUUUCUGUGUGUGUAUGUGUGUAUAUGUACUGUAUGUAUAUAGAUCUAUGAAAAAAUAAUUCACAUGCACAUGUAUAUGCAUUAGCCAUAAGUGGCACUGCCCCCUGAAAGUCCAAAUUCACAAUUUGCACUUGUUCUACAUGCCCUACAGUUUAAAAGCUAGGAUUGUUCCCCCCAACACUCAUCUUGCUCAAAAAUGAGGGGUUCAUCACUUGAUGUGCUUUUAAAAUUCUUUUUUAGCUUUUUACAUAUUUUUCCAUUAUAAAGUGUUAGUUUAUUUUAAACUAAGUUGUUACUUUUUUUGAGAAGCCAAUUUUUCUUUGAGAUACAGUAGGUGCAGUUUUUUCCAACAAGUGAACCCCCCUCCCCCCCAAUAGAAGUAACGUGCAAAGGAGAGGAGUAGAAUUAAUCACUGUGUCUGGACUCAUUUUUAUAUAUAUAUAAUAUUUGUAUCCAUGUAAGAAUGAGUGGGCUGCCUCAUUUAUAUUGAGGCAUGCCAAGACUGUGCACUCCUUUGUACAUCCCACACAUGUACUUCACAUUCUUGAAAUCCAUUUUGGUUUUCCUUUUAAGGGAUGCUAUUUGUCAAAGAUUUGCUUCUCAAGAAGCAAUGGGAUUGUUUUGUUCUUUUAAUAUGAAUUCCAGCAUGUAACUUUGGUAGUCUUGUUGGUAUGUAAAACCUGUUCUGUCAUUUCAUGGUGUAGUCAGAUUCAUGUAGUUUAACUUUUAAAAAGAAACUGCUUCAUGAGACAAACAGUUAUGUUAGUCAUAUUGUAGUUUGUUUCUAGAUGAGUAAUGCAACAUUGUACUUGUCACCAUAUGUGCUAUGAUCUUACUGUAUGUUUCUGUUUUUUAAAAUAGAUGGUUGAGCUUUGGAAUCCCAGACACUAAGCAUUCUGGCCUACUUUGCUUUAGAAUAAAAAUGCAAUAAAAGAUUGCAAUAAAGCACAUUUACAUGUAAUGUUUUAAAAGGAUGUAUGGACAGCUGUUUCUAAUAAAUCCAGAAAUGCAUCAUUGUC